AUGUUAGAAGUAGGACAGAUCGUAUAUGCGCAUUCAGUCGACGUCUUCUUCUCCAGAGAAGACAUGGAGUGGAUCUUCAGCAGCAGCAUUCAACAUGAUGUGUGCAGUGCGUUGCGUAAGAUUGUACUUGCUCAACCUCUUCUACUUUCUCACAUGGGUCUUUGUCUACUUUUACCUGUAAAAGGUAUGACCACUGAUUCAAAAACCAUGACCUAUGUAGGUUCUCAGAAUUCAGCGCUAACUUUUCCCGACUGUUGA